AUGGGGAAAGGCAGGGAACAUGUGUUGGAGCUGGCUUUCAAUGGUCUGCGAGAAUAUUACGGGAGGCAUUUUUGCUUCAGGACUUGGAGCUCCGAAGAAAGAGCGUUCAUGUUUCUGGCAGGAUGGGAGUGGAACUCUGAGAAAGGUCACAGUUCCCUGAAGUCACCCUCAGGAAUGCCUUCUCCUCCUGAUAACUUCAUAUGGAAUCUGACCUGGACAAUGAAAGACUCCUUCCCUUUCCUGUCCCACCGCAGCCGAUAUGGUCUGGAAUGCAGCUUUGACUUCCCCUGUGAGCUGGAAUAUUCCCCUCCCCUCCACAACCAUGGGAACCAGAGCUGGUCCUGGCGUCGUGUGCCCUCUGAGGAGGCCUCGCAGAUGGACUUGUUGGAUGGGCCAGAGGCAGACCGUUCGAAGGAGACACCCAGAGGCUCCUUCCUCCUGCUGAAUACCUCUGCAGACUCCAAGCACACGAUUCUGAGCCCAUGGAUGAGGAGCAGCAGUGAGCAUUGUACGCUCUCUGUCUCAGUGCACAGACAUCUCCAGCCUUCGGGGAGAUAUGUGGCCCAGUUACUGCCGCACAAUGAAGCUGGAAGAGAGAUCCUCCUGGUGCCCACUCCAGGGAAGCAUGGCUGGACUGUGCUGCAUGGAAGAAUCGGGCGUCCAGAGAACCCAUUUCGAGUGGCCCUAGAAUACAUCUCCAGUGGAAACCGCAGCUUGUCUGCAGUGGACUUCUUUGCCCUGAAGAACUGCAGUGAAGGAACAUCCCCAGGCUCUAAGAUGGCCUUGCAGAGUUCCUUCACUUGUUGGAAUGGGACAGUCCUUCAGCUCGGACAAGCCUGUGACUUCCACCAGGACUGUGCCCAAGGAGAAGAUGAGGGCCAGCUAUGCAGUAAACUUCCUGCUGGCUUUUACUGUAACUUCGAGGAUGGCUUCUGUGGCUGGACCCAAGGUCAACUUUCACCCCAUAUGCCCCGGUGGCAAGUGAGGACCCUAAAGAAUGCCCAUUUCCAGGACUACCAAGGCCAUGCCCUAUCGCUCAGCACCACUGACAUCCCCACUUCUGAAAGUGCAACCGUGACCAGUGCUACGUUCCCUGCACCAAUGAAGAACUCUCCAUGUGAGCUCCGGAUGUCCUGGCUCAUCCGUGGGGUUUUGAGAGGAAAUGUAUCCCUGGUGCUGGUGGAGAACAAGACGGGGAAGGAACAAAGCCGAACGGUCUGGCAUGUCGCCGCCGACGAAGGCUUAAGCCUGUGGCAGUGGACAGUGUUGUCGCUCCUUGAUGUGACUGACAGGUUCUGGUUGCAGAUAGUCACGUGGUGGGGUCCAGGAUCCAGGGCAACAGUGGCAUUUGACAACAUUUCCAUCAGCCUCGACUGCUACCUCACUAUCAGUGGUGAGGAUAAAAUGUCCUCGAAUGCAGCACCCAAAUCCAGAAAUCUGUUUGAGAAAAAUCCAAACAAGGAGCCAAAAUCCUGGGCAAACAUAUCAGGACCGACUCCCAUCUUCGAUCCUACAGUUCACUGGCUGUUCACCACAUGUGGGGCCAGUGGACCCCACGGCCCCACACAGGCCCAGUGCAACAACGCCUACCAGAACUCCAACUUGAGCGUGGUGGUGGGGAGCGAAGGGCCCUUGAGAGGCAUCCAGAUUUGGAAAGUGCCAGCUACCGACACCUACAGCAUCUCCGGCUAUGGAGCGGCUGGUGGGAAAGGUGGCAAGAACACCAUGAUGCGGUCCCAUGGUGUGUCUGUCCUGGGCAUCUUCAACCUGGAGAAGGAUGACAUGCUGUACAUCCUUGUCGGCCAGCAAGGGGAGGAUGCCUGUCCCAGGGCGAACCAACUAAUCCAGAAAGUCUGUGUCGGCGAGAACAACGUGAUAGAAGAAGAGAUCCGAGUGAACAGAAGCGUACACGAGUGGGCAGGAGGAGGAGGAGGUGGGGGUGGAGCCACCUAUGUGUUUAAGAUGAAAGACGGAGUGCCGGUGCCCCUGAUCAUUGCAGCCGGUGGUGGCGGCAGGGCCUAUGGGGCCAAGACAGACACGUUCCACCCAGAGAGACUGGAGAAUAACUCCUCAGUUCUAGGGCUGAACGGCAAUUCCGGAGCCGCAGGUGGUGGAGGCGGCUGGAAUGAUAACACUUCCUUGCUCUGGGCCGGAAAGUCUUUGCUGGAGGGUGCCGCUGGAGGACAUUCCUGCCCCCAGGCCAUGAAGAAGUGGGGGUGGGAGACAAGAGGGGGUUUCGGAGGGGGUGGAGGGGGGUGCUCCUCAGGUGGAGGAGGCGGAGGAUAUAUAGGGGGCAACGCAGCAUCUAACAAUGACCCCGAAAUGGAUGGGGAAGAUGGGGUUUCCUUCAUCAGUCCAUUGGGUAUCCUGUACACCCCGGCCUUAAAAGUGAUGGAGGGCCAUGGGGAAGUGAAUAUCAAGCAUUAUCUAAACUGCAGUCACUGUGAGGUAGACGAGUGCCACAUGGACCCCGAGAGCCACAAAGUCAUCUGCUUCUGUGAACACGGGACGGUGCUGGCUGACGAUGGUGUCUCCUGCAUUGUGUCGGCCACCCCGGGACCUCACCUGCCGCUCUCACUGAUCCUCUCCGUCGUGACCUCUGCCCUGGUGGCCGCCCUUGUCCUGGCAUUCUCCGGCAUCAUGAUUGUGUACCGCCGGAAGCACCAGGAGUUGCAAGCUAUGCAAAUGGAGCUGCAGAGCCCCGAGUAUAAGCUGAGCAAGCUACGGACCUCGACCAUCAUGACCGACUACAACCCCAACUACUGCUUUGCUGGCAAGACCUCAUCCAUCAGCGACCUGAAGGAAGUGCCACGGAAAAACAUCACCCUCAUCCGGGGCCUAGGCCAUGGCGCAUUUGGGGAGGUGUAUGAAGGCCAGGUAUCUGGAAUGCCCAAUGACCCAAGCCCUCUACAAGUGGCUGUAAAGACACUGCCGGAAGUGUGCUCAGAACAAGAUGAGCUGGAUUUCCUCAUGGAAGCUCUGAUCAUCAGCAAAUUCAACCACCAGAACAUUGUUCGCUGCAUCGGGGUGAGUCUGCAAGCCCUGCCCCGCUUCAUCCUGCUGGAGCUCAUGGCCGGUGGAGACCUCAAGUCCUUCCUCAGGGAGACGCGCCCUCGCCCGAACCAGCCCACCUCCCUGGCCAUGUUGGAUCUUCUGCAUGUGGCUCGGGACAUCGCCUGUGGCUGUCAGUACCUGGAGGAAAACCAUUUCAUCCACCGGGAUAUUGCUGCUAGAAAUUGUCUUCUAACCUGUCCAGGAGCUGGAAGAAUAGCAAAGAUUGGAGACUUUGGAAUGGCCCGAGACAUCUACAGGGCCAGCUACUACAGAAAGGGUGGGUGUGCCAUGCUGCCGGUCAAGUGGAUGCCCCCAGAGGCCUUCAUGGAAGGAAUAUUUACUUCUAAAACAGAUACAUGGUCUUUUGGAGUGUUGCUGUGGGAAAUAUUUUCUCUCGGGUAUAUGCCAUACCCCAGCAAGAGCAACCAGGAAGUUCUGGAGUUUGUCACCAGUGGAGGACGGAUGGACCCACCUAAGAACUGCCCCGGGCCUGUCUAUCGGAUUAUGACUCAGUGCUGGCAGCAUCAGCCUGAAGACAGACCCAACUUCGCCAUCAUUUUGGAGAGGAUUGAGUACUGCACCCAGGAUCCGGAUGUCAUCAACACAGCUCUGCCCAUAGAGUAUGGCCCGGUGGUGGAGGAGGAGGAGAAAGUACCCAUGAGGCCCAAAGACCCCGACGGGAUGCCUCCUCUGCUGGUGUCCCCCCAGCCGGUGAAGCACGAGGAGGCGCCCGCCGCCCCCCAGCCCGCAGCCCCGGCGGCGCCAGGCCCCUUGGUGAAGAAGCCCCCGGGUGCAGGCGCGGGAGCGGGUACCGCCCGGGUACCCCGGGGGGCGGCCGAUCGGGGCCACGUGAACAUGGCGUUCUCCCAGCCCAACCCUCCCCCGGAGCUGCACAAGAGCGCGGGCUCCAGAAACAAGCCAACCAGCCUGUGGAACCCGACCUACGGCUCGUGGUUCACGGAGAAGCCCGCCAAAAAGACCCAUCCCCCGCCGCCGCCGCCGGGCGCGGAGCCGCAGGCGCGGGCCGGAGCGGCCGAGGGGGGCUGGACCGGGCCGGGCGCGGGGCCCCGCAGACCCGGGGCUGCGCUGCUGCUCGAGCCGUCGGCGCUGAGCGCCACCAUGAAGGAGGUGCCGCUGUUCAGGCUGCGCCACUUCCCCUGCGGGAACGUCAACUACGGCUACCAGCAGCAGGGUCUCCCCUUGGAAGCCACCGCGGCGGCCGCCCCCGGGGACACCGUGCUGAAAAGCAAGAACAAGGUCACCCAGCCGGGGGGUCCCUGAGCCCCGCGCCACACUAGCUUCUCCCUCGGACGGAGCCGGAGCCCUCCCGGAAGAGGGAAGAUGGACAGAAACGGCUCCACCACAAACCAGAGACCAAACGUCACUUUCAUUUUGUGCCAACUUGUUUUUGAAGUGCCACAUUUAAAAAUAAUCAUAAUAAGGAAAACUUGUGUUUUCGA